UUUCCACAAACGCGAGACGAGCUGCGCAGGGGCCGAAUUUUGUACAAGGGCAGCCUCGCGGCCACCCCGAGCGCUCGUCUGCAGCAGCAGGAGCCGGCGCGGCCUCCCCAACCCCAGCUAGCAAUCAGAAAAUGGCAGUGGUCGACGACUCCGACGCCGUGAGCCGCUUCGAGGCGGCCCUGGCGGCGCACCGCCGCCUCAACGCGCGGGAAGACGCCCUGGCCGACGCGCAGCGGGCGGCCCUGGAACGAGCCGAGUCCCACGACCUCGCGCCGCCGACGCCGCCCGUCCAGGCGAGCGAGCUCCAGGAGCUGCUGGACGAGUUCGAGGCGCACGCGCCCGCGGAGGAGACGAAGACCUCCGCGCCGCCGCCCAAAGUUGUGAAAGGUUCAGGCGGCGGCGUCUACGGGAGGGCCGCGCGGCGCAACGCCAACCAGGGCACGAGCAGGGACGAGUACGGCGACCCGGGCCCGGCGCUCGAGGCGCUCGGGGACGCGGCCGCGACGGCGGCGCGCGUGACGGGCGACGGCCUCGAGCUCGCGGCGAAGGGCGUCGCGGUCGCCGCCGGCGCGACGGUGGCCGUCGUCGUGGGGGCCGCCGCCGCGACGGGCGCCGCCGCGGUCGAGGGCGCCAAGGUAGCGGGGCCUGCUAUAAGGGAUGCGGCCAACGCCACGGCGGAGAUCACGUCGGACGCCGUCGAGGCCGCGGGGCCUAUUUUACAAGAUGCCGCCGAUGCAACCGUCGAGGCCGCGGGCCGCGCGGCCGACGUGGCCGGCCCCGUGAUCCGGGAUGCGGCCGACGCGACGGUCGAGUACGCCGGCAAGGCAGCGGACGCCGCCGGGCCCGUGCUCCGCGACGCGGCCGAGGCCACGAGCCAGGCGGCGAGCGCCGCCGUCGAGCAGAUGCAGGAGAUCGACUGGGGCGACGUCGAUCCCGGCUGCUCGUACAACUGCGGCAUCCUCGAGGACACCGACCUCACGAGAAUGGGGGAGAUGUUGGGCGGCGCGGCCGCGCCCGCGCCCCCCGAAGCCGACGAGGCGCCGGCAGACGACGCGCCGGCGGACGACGCGCCAGCGGACGACGUGCCCAAGGGCCCGACGAUCGACGACGUCGCGGCGCUCGUCCAGGCGUCCCUCGACGAAACGUCGGCCGCCGCGCUCCGCGUCACGGCCAAGGAUGCGGCCUCGCCGACGACGACGUCGCCCGGCGACGACAUCGCGUUCGACGGCGACGCCGACCCGGCGGACUUGCCAGAGAAGCCCAAGCCGAAGCGCCGCAAGUCGAAGAAGAAAAAGAAGGCUGAUGGCGAUGCGGCGAGCCCGAAGAGCCCGAAGCUCAAGCGGAAGGGCUCGCGCCGGAAAAAGAAGGCAGCUGAGGACGCCGCCGCGGCCGAUGCGCGCGCGGCUGAGGCGGAGGCGCGCGUCGCGGAGCAGGUGGCCGAGCGCGAGGCGAUGGCGUCGCGCAUCGCGGAGCUCGAGAAGUCCGUCGAGGACCUCUCCGCGCCGGCGCCCGACCCGCCCGCGGCCGACGAGAAGCCGGUGUGCGGGUGCGUAAUUGCUUGA